AUGACCAAAGGUACAAAUGAUGACCAACAAAACAGUCACUAUAAAGGUAUUGCUGUAAAUGAGGUGAAAGUACUAGAGGAUGCGGAUUUUAAGUAUAUAAAAGAAUUAUGUGCUAAAAAUGAUGGUUGGUCGUGUGUAUACGAUAGGAAAGCGAUUCGCGUGUGGACAAAAAACGUUGAUGACUCGAACUUUUGUAUGAUCAAAGCAACCAGUCAUAUGACGGAUACAUGUGCGGAUGUGAUGUAUGAUGUUCUCCAUGAUCCAGUUUACAGGUCCAAAUGGGAUCAUUAUAUGUUGAAUGCUGAAGAUAUUGGAUUUAUAAAUCCAAAUAAUGACAUUUGCUAUUAUGCAGUUGGUGGCAUGAAACCAUUCAGGAAUCGUGAUUUUGUCAUUCAGCGAUCGUGGUUAGAUACUGGCAAAGAGAAAUUCAUUUGCAGUCAUUCAGUUUGUCAUGUGAAGUAUCCUCCAGUGAAGAGCUGUAUUCGAGGUGUUAUUUUCUUUACUGCGUUCAUAAUACGUGAAAUGGAUGUUGGUUGUGAGUUGACGUACAUUACACAUUCCGAUCCGAAAGGCAAAUUACCCGCAUGGUUAAUCAAUCGUUUAACAAGAGUUAUUGGACCAAAAAUGAUGAAAAAACUCCACAAAGCAUCACUCAACUAUCCGGAAUGGAAAAGCGCCAAUCGGCCUUCAUGGAAACCAUGGAUUUAUCCGGAACAACAGAUGAACAUGGAACGCAUCAAAAUGUCCGACUGUAAAGCGUGUAUUUACGAACAAGAACUGAUCGACGAGAGUUGUGUGGACGUGAAGGACUUGAACGACGAUGAGAACAGUGGUGAUUAG